CCCUGGCCACACACUGCAUUUAUUAUGGAUAUCUUAGAAAUAACGUAACCUGCAUAAAAAUACCAGGACAUAACGAAAUAGAUGAAUUACAAAAUUUGUAAGAGGAUAACUGAACAAGAGUAGGGAAGAGUAUUGCAGUGCCACUAACUUAGUGUCAUGUGCAUCUUAAAUGACUAAAGCAGCCAGGCUACGUAGAGUGGCUAGCAUUAGCCACACAGUGUUUGUAUUGCAGGCACAGCGGGACAUUUUAACAGUUUUAAGUAAUAUUAGUGUUCCAAUAGGAAGUUUUAGCGGCGGUGACGGUGACGCCGUAUUUUGCCGGGAGACGUGUGGCUGCAACACGACAGCCAAACGACAGGCCGCAAAUGGAGCCAGGAACAUCGAGUGAAAUUACCAACGGCGCGGGGUUGCCUAGACCGAGCGGUCUUCGGGAGGAGACCCCGGGGGAAGAGGCGAAAGGCGGAGAAGCGAGCACCGUGAUGUCGAGGCGAAGAGGAGCGGACGCAGACACCACGGAGGAGCUUACAGCGCAAUGUGAGGAGCAUGAACCGGGGAAACGGAUUCAAACCGGAGGGGAAGAAGAAGCCGGCAAAUACGAGGAGGAAUUGGACCCAAGGAUUCAGGAGGAGCUGGAGCAGCUGAACCAGGCCAGUGAUGAGAUCAACCAGCUGGAGCUGCAGCUGGAUGAUGCCCGGUCCAGCUACAGGAGGAUCCUUACUGAUUCUGCCAGGAAGCUCAACGCUCAGGGCUCCCAGCUUGGCACCUGCAUUGAGAAAGCAAGGCCCUACUAUGAAGCACGUAGACUUGCCAAAGAGGCCCAACAGGAGACCCAGAAGGCCGCUCUGAGAUAUGAGAGGGCCGUGUCCAUGCACACUGCUGCCAGAGAGAUGGUGUAUGUGGCGGAGCAGGGCCUCCUGGCUGACAGGAACACCAUGGACCCCACCUGGCAGGAGAUGCUUAACCACGCCACCGCUAAGGUGAACGAGGCGGAGGAGGAGCGCCUGCGCAGCGAGCAGGAGCACCAGCGCGUCACACAGCUCUGCCAGGAAGCCGAGGCUCGAGUCCAGACCCUCCAGAAAGCCCUGAAGAAGGUCAUCCUCAAAUCCAAACCUUACUUUGAACUCAAGGCUCAAUUCAAUCACAUUCUGGAGGAACAUAAGGCUAGAGUAGUACAGUUGGAGGAGCGUGUGGCGAAAGUGAAAACACGUUACUCUGUGGCCCUGCGGAACCUGGAGCAGAUCAGCGAGCAGAUCCACGCACAGAGGGGGCGAAUCAGGGCCAGCAGGGGGCGUCCUGCAGUCUGUGGGGGGCGGAGCUCCCCUGUGGGUGCUGAGGCUGAGGUCCAAGCCGCCACUGGGAUUCCCAUCGGGAGCAGCAGUGUGGGAUUUGGCGGAAUAGAGAGCAAUUGGGCGGACGGUGAGAAGACCAGGCUGUGGGUGGAGAGGCACAGGGAGAGCGGCUGGGGCCAGAGGGAGCGGCUGGAGGCGGAGCACGCCGCCUCAGACUGCAUGUCCGUCAUCAGCCUGCAGACCAUCGCCUCUGACCUGGAGAAGUGUGACUCGGUGGAGCACCUAGGUGACCUGAGCGACGCUGGGAGCGCGCUGGCGGAGGAGUGGGAGCGCGACAGAAAGCCUAAUGAGAGGCCAGGCAGCAGGGCAGCAGGGGCCGAGGGCCCCCCGCAGGAGAAGGGAGGGGUUACCAAGGAGACACAAGAGAGCUUCAACAAGCAGCAUCACAGAAGUGUUAGUCUAUGAUAGUAGGCCGGAGGACUGAGCUGAGGAGAGAGGAGGAGUAAUGGUGCGUGUCCACUGGCAGCGUCAUUUCCACACUUCCCACUCAUUGUCUCUGUAAGCAGCCGGGCAAUGCAUUCUGGGAACGUCGCGGCGACUUUGAGAAGCUAAGCAUUGAGUUGCCCGCUCCACAUUUGCAUAAAGUUGAAUCCAGACUACUUCAUGUAAAUCAGAGGCGUCCAGCUCGGCUCGCAGCUUCUCAGAAACUCCUGAAAAUCUUUUAAAGUGACCGUUGGCGAUCUAAAAUGAAGACAGAUUCAGCAGCUGCAGAUUAUUUCUCUCAUAACGUGUUUUCAGGAACACAUUUCCGUGAACUAUUUUUGUAAAAUAAGCAAACGUUUCCAAACGAGCCGCCAUGUUGGUCUCUUUUGAAAUCGCGAGUGAAGCGUUCGUCCAAUCAAGUGCAACCAUCGAGGCUGUAGAAGGCUGAGCAUGUUUUCUUUGCUCGUCAGUGGUCAGUGAAGAGAAACUGACAACUGCGAGUGGAGAGAACAUCAAUGGUUGAGUCCAAUGGUGAGAAGCGGGGCGAUUCCUGCCGUCGCAACACGCCACAGUGGACACGUACCGUAAGGAUUAUGGCGAGCUUAUGAUGAGGGAACAGAGAGACAAAGAACCCUGACUGAAAUGUGAAAUGGAGAAUCUGACAGUAGGAAGCAGGAAGCGUUGGCAGGUACAUGGGCCACACACUAAUGAAGCUCUACGUGACAGCAAUAAUAUGAGAGAGCAGUCCUGCAGAGAGCACUGACCUCCCCUCACUCUGCUGCUCCACAUGCUAAAACAUAAACGAAAGUGCAUGAAACGAGUACAAACAGGCAGUUUAGAGGAAUGCAAACACGUUUAAUUUAUUUCAUGUCUCCACAGACAAUUUAAAAAAGUUGGUACCCCUUGUGUUUUUGCUUUAGGGAUGGACAAAUGGGUCUCUCCGGUUUGUUAUAACUUUAGUUUUUAUUGUAGCUUUGGCCGUCAUUUCUACACUGGAUUUACUGAAGUAACUGUUGAGAUCUGGGAACACGGAAACACAAGCAGUCAGAUGGGUUGUACAGUUUAUCCAGAUUACCUGAACCUCCUAGUCAUCUAUCACCAGACCAAGCUCAAUCUUUUAAGAUUGAACAUUAGUCUGGGGAGUCUGCUCUGUAUUUUCUACUGCACAAGAGGCAUCAUCAGUGGGCAUAGUGCAGAUGACUCUGUACGCAAUUGGAUAGUCCUUCAACCAAUCAGACCAACGAUCCGGGUGACGUAGCGGCGACAGCGGCAUCAACGGGUUGCUGGGCUUCGGUGGCCGCCAUGUUGAAUGUAAACAAAAAGCUGCUUGCCGUCGCUUCUCUAUCGUCAUUGUGUUAAACCUGCCAAUAGCGUGCCAGGUGGAUAAGCCAGUUUGUGAUUGGUCCCCACAGAUUUGUAACAGAACCAGAAUAGAAAAAAAGGUUUCCAGCCUGAGCUGCAGGGUGAAAUCAAAUCACCGGCAGAUCGGGCUGGGUUUACCCAGUCUAUGAACCACCUUAAUUGGCAGUCAAACUGAGUUCACCAGAAAUGUCGCUAAUAAUCCCUCAUUACACAGUAAAACUGUGUGCACACGACUAUGUAUGUAGUGGUGGGUCAAGUUAAGCCAGCAAGUCACUCUGUAAACUAUGACAAAGAACAUUUUGGGCAAACAUUUUUAGACCUGCUUUUUGGUAAUUUUAAUAAAAGAAAUUGCUAUUCACAUGGAUGAUUUUUCUGGGACAUCUCCCUCCAUGCUCUGCCACAACGAAUCCCAGACACGCCACCCCCUAAUGCAGGAGCCUGCUGAACCACACAUUGACCUUUUUAAAUUUAGUCACAUACAAUCGUACUGCACAAUGUAGGGAAAUUCAAUUUUUCAACUUCUACUUGUGUCAGUGAAAGGUAAUUUAUGCCUCAAAUUAAUUGAUUUCUUUCAUGAGUUAUAUAUCUUUACCACCCAGUACUUUUUACCUGUUGAAAUACGUUUUUAAAGGAGCAAUACAACCCAUAAAAUCCAAAAAAAGUGAUUGCCACUCCUACCAUGUGUUUGAAAGGUUGUUUCUGCCUAUAAAUGACUUAAUUUAAUAAUUGUGGUUUAUAUCUGACAGAUUGCCCACCCAGUACUUUUUACCUGUUGAAAUGCCUUUGUAAAGGGCCAAUACAUCCAAUAACAUGCAGUUCUCCAAGUGAGCUGACAUAUAUAAACUAGGCGAUACAGCUUAAACGAGCUGCGCACGCUCCCAUGGACAGCAACCAGUUUCUGGCGGAUGAUCACUUUUUGGCACAACACUGGCAAUCAGCCAGCCAGUGAUACAUGAACACAAAGGGAGGGGCCAACAGUUUAACAACCCGUUUUCAUUCCCAGUUUGUUAAUAUUGACCAAAACCAA